GGACCAACAUGAAUUAUUGUACCUGUGUAUUUAUCAUCGUGUUCGGAAUAAUUUUUCCAAAUGUAUCAGCAAAGUCCGUUAAAUUUUAUAACAUGUCCUACGAAUUCAAUCCUGAAUACUCCAUUGGAUCACUUCAAGUUAGCAUCGAUGAUACUAAUUAUGGUGUAGGACUAAGUUCGGAAGUGUUGAAACGAAUUGAUGGAAAAUUUUGGGUAACCGGUGUUUUAAGUAGAAAAGUUAAAAAUGAAUACAUAAGUAUGGCUAACGUCCAUAUGGACACGUGUGAAACCGACCCGACCGAGUCAGAUAAUCCAAUCGUCAAAUUUGUUUCGAUGGAAGCGAAAAAGUUUGUGUCCUUCGGACUGAAGUGUCCCUACGAACCGGGACACUAUGCCGUCAAUAAUUUCAACUUUGAAGAUAAGAGAGCUAUGGUUAAGCUGAUACCAUCGGGGAGCUAUCGGAUGAGCAUGUCCUCCGAGCAUCAGCCUGCCGGAAGUGCCGUUAUGCAUAAAGUGAUGAGCUUUUCAUUUAACGUCGAUGUCGAAUAGAAAGGUAUUCGAUAUAGUUGUGCCGCCGUAUC